UUCUUUCUGUUUGUUUACUAAUCUAUAAUUCAGUUUAAUUAUUUUCUCUUUCUCUCUUCUUAAUUAAGCCUUGUGAUGAUUUACUAAUUGUUUGGUUUUCUCUUUUUUUUUGUGUCUCAAUUUGUAUUUGAAUUGUUCAAUUUUUGUAAUGUGAUUUAAUUAGUAAGGAAAGUGAAUAGAUAAAAUUUAUUUUCUUUUGUUGUUUUUUUUUUGUUGUUAAAAUUAUGAGAGAUCAUCAGAAACAAAUGAAAACUGUUAGUUCAACACCUUCAGUUGUUUCGUUGGUUGAAGAUGACCUCCAAUUAGAUAAUAAUUUUGAUCAUCAACAACCUCAACAUUAUCAAUUAAAUGGAAAUAAUCAUAUUUUAGAUGUAAAUGGUUCUAGUUUUAUUGUUAAUAAUGGAACCUUAAUUUCUGCUAUUAUCAGUGGUAGUUCAAAUGGUCUCUCGUAUAGUGUUCAAAGUGAUGGGGCUGCUGAUCAACGGAGGUCGGAAAAUGAUUAUCUUGGUUUAGGUGUUAAUUCUAAUACUGGUGGAGGUGGUGAUGCUCUUGCGAGUACUUCUGGUACGUUUAGAGGUGAUACUGGUGGUGGUGGUGGUGUUAUUGUUGGUGGUGGUGAUGAUGAUGAUGAUGAUACAAGUGAUGGAAUAAUUUUCCCUGGUGACCCUGGAUCUGCGGGCGAUAAUCAUCAAAUUAAUGAGGUUACUCGUAGAGAAAGAUUUCUUUUAAGUACAACAUCCUACUCUUCUGAAGCUCGUGAUUCAUUUAGAAGAGAAUUGAAAUAUUACUUCAUGAAUCCAAUUGACAAAUGGAGAAGUAAAAAAAAGUUCCCUUGGAAAUUGUUACUCCAAAUAACCAAACUUAUCAUUGUUACAAUACAAAUUUACACCUUUGGAACUGAAAUGUCUCGUUUUAAGACCCAUCAAGCAAACAUGGAGAUUACCUUGAGGGAAUUACUUUUAUCCGAUUGGGAUCCUGUUCGUGAGGUUAUGACCUAUCCACCGGCUGCUGGACCUUUUGCAUGUUACACUAAAAGUGAUCUUUUUCGUAAUAUCGAUUUUGCCAUUCGCUCUUUCGCUAAUAUAACAAACACUGGGGUUGGAUCAUUUUCUUAUGAUUCAUUGAAACCUGAACAAGUUUCACCAAUCUACUUGGAUAUUGUAAGAUUUGCCAAAGGAGAAGCUGAUCCAUAUAAUUUUUCCUACAAUUUCAACAAUGAGAAUCAAAUUGAUCGCCUUGUAAUUGACUCUCCAGAUCAUCCUGCUGGUGACAUUUAUUGGAGCACAUUUUCAAUUCAAACUUAUCUCUCCUCUAAAUCACCACCUUACUCAGUGAAUUUUGACAGUUUGAUUAAAAUUGAGAUUGCAACCUCACUGCGAACCAUUUACCUUAAUGCAUUGGACUCUUACAAUCGACCUGAAUGUUACGUGGUUGAUAUUUUGAUCAUUUUUGACAAUUCACUUCACGCUGGUCAGAUACUUAUGAGCUUAGAUGCCAAAAGUCACCAUAAACCCUGUUACGGUAAUCUUGAAGGUCGAACAGUUUCCUCACGAUCAGUAAUCGAAACGAUCACAAUACUUGUUAUCCUGUUAUCUUUUCUUUCAUCUCUUCUUUGUCUUCGUUCAAUGAUCAAAGGAAUUAUUUUACGACGUCGAACAAUUCACUUUUUCGAUCGACAUUACAGUAUUUCUCUUGGAUUUCGAGAUAAAUCAGAUUUCAUCGACUUGUGGAUUUACAUGAUUUUCGUUAACGAUAUUCUACUAAUCAUUGGAUCGAUAAUCAAACUUAUAGGUGGCCCAAUAGAUCACAGUCAAUCUCUAAACAGUAAUUAUUCAGUUCUUUUUGGAAUUGGAAUAUUAUUAACCUGGAUUGGUGUUCUUCGUUAUAUCAGCUUUUUCGAUAAAUUUAACGUGGUCAUUUUAACGGUGAAAAAAGCGUUUCCCGAUAUAAUUAAGUUCUUCCUCUGUGCCAUUCUACUUUAUGUUGGCUUUUGUCUCUGUGGUUGGAUUGUUCUUGGUCCUCAUCAUCUUAAAUUUCGUACACCCUCAGAAACCUCUGAGUGUUUAUUUUCCCUCCUUAAUGGUGACGAUAUGUAUGCAACCUUUGCCACCCUUGCAACCAAAGAUCCAGUUAUAUGGUGGUUCAGUCGGAUUUAUCUUUACUCAUUUAUAUCACUAUUCAUCUAUGUUGUCCUUAGUCUUUUCAUCUCAAUUAUCAUGGACGCUUGGGAUAUAAUUAAAAACUAUAAUCCUGAAGAUAUGACAGAAAUGCAUAGAUUCAUAGCUGAAUGUAAUGAUGAUGUUUGCGAUGAAAUCUUACAAGAGGAAUCAAAAAAAUCAAUCCUACGAAAAGUUAAAUCAUUUUUUAAAUUUAAUUCGGCGGACACUAAUCCACUAUUAUUCUGAUCUUCCAAAUCAACAAUAACAAUAUCCAUUCAUCAUCCCAAAUGACAAUUAUUUUUUUGACAGCAUAAAACACACACACACAUACAUACAUAUAUAUGAUUAGCGCAUCAUCUUAAUCAACAAACCACUUUGACCCAAUUAUUAUUAUUGUUAAUUCUGUCAUCAACAUUAUCAUUAUCAUCAUCAUAUCGUUUACAAAACACAACAAGUCACAACAAACUAAUCAAAUCACAUCUUCAUCUCUCCGUUGAUUAUCAAUUAACAAAUUAUAAAUAUUAUAUAUUGUCCUUCAGCUAAUAACCACAUGCUAUUGAUUUAAUCAACCCAACACAAUCAUCAUCAACAAUUUAACCAUAGCAAUAAUAUUUAUAUAUAAAUAUUGUAUAUGCAAAGAGGAUUAUCUUUAUAAAGCAAAAUACUAUAUAUUAUUAUUAAUUAGAUGAUCAAUUGAUACAAUUGAUAAAUUGUUGAAAAUGUUAUUAAAAAUGAAAUCAUCUAAAACAAAAUAUGAUACAAAUUGUUAUCAAAGGAAAACAAACCAAAGCAUAAUUGAUUGUAUUACUAACUAAAUUCAAUUAAAAGAAAAACCAAUUAACAAUA